GUCUAAAAAGGCGCGAUUGUUUUUCUUCGAUCGUUUAAGGCCCCUCGAAAUCUUAGUACUUACGAUAUUUUGUGUAGUCUUUACUCGUCCACGGUUGAGUCACUCUCAACCAUACCACCGCUGCAAGUAAGCGUAUAAAGCGCAAGUAGGCGUUCCUCUGAUAGUGUUACUUUAUGAUAAUCUCGUGAACAAUAUAAUUUUAGCGACCAAAGCAUCUGGUUUCUCGAGUCAAUCUCUCAGCUUUCAAUCAUCUUCAAGAUUUUCUCGGAACUUUCUUAUCAGGAACAAGACGCUACAGCACUGUAAGUACAAACUAGUGUUUAUUAGUCUGAGCUUCAGGUCUUGCACAGCUACACGCGUACGAUUUAUAGUGAUAGAUGCUUAGUUGCUCAACCGUAAACGGUUUGGUUCGUUCGCUUCUAGAGUUUGAAUUCUGGCCCCAGCCUGGGUUUAUACUCUUUUUAACAUCGUACUUGUGAUUUUAUAUUUAUUUCUGUCAGUUCUUCUUUUGUAAAACGCCAUCAGUGUACCCCCUUUUCUUGUGUUUUGAGUUAAGUUGUCGAUCGAUGCUGACCAUUCCGACCGAAAACAAGUUAUAAUCAAAUAAAGAAGAAACUGAGCGGGCGAUUUGACUCUUUAAGACGCCAGUUUAAUGUGGACAUCGCCAAACAUAUUGUAUUUUCAGGCCGUUUAUUUAGAAAAAGUAAGCGAGUGUCGUCCUUUUUUUCGUAAACGUGGAAACACUGCAAUUUCUAUUUCAACCGCUUCUACGCUUUCAUGACUUCUGCAGUGUACACUAAACUGUUUAGUACUUGAAAGACUUUUUGUUUUUAUGCAUACUAAUACGGAGUUGUUAUGGUCUUUGCCAACUCUUUAAUGCUACAAAAAUAUUUAUGUUUCAAAAUUUUUAGUUUUAAGUCGUACUUUUUUGCUGUUAUCAAGAGAAAUGCUGGAGAAUUGGCUGGGCUUGAACGGGUAAUCCCUUUUAUCACUGAGCCUGUGUAAUGAUUUGACUCAAAAACAAGGUAGCAUUCGAUUAUUGUUUGGCCGUAAGAAAAAAUGUAAAACGUCAAUCAGUGAUCGACAGAUUUUAAUGAAAGCAUUUCAGGUACAUUGUUUGUCUCUUUUCUGAACUCCCUGGCACACACACACACGUCUCCAACCCCUUAAAAAAAAUCGAAAAUUAACUUUUUCUGAACUACAGCGCAGUAGAAUUGAGGUUGCCGAAAUGUUACAAUUAAUUUGAUUCUUAAGUCAAUGAAUUUUCCAUUUGAUCUGGAACGGAUCCUCUAGGAUAAUGGUCUGAGUUUGGCCAAGGCCACACGAUUCAAGCAUAUGAUUCAAGUCAGGAAUCCGCUAACCGAGCCCGCAUUUAAUUUCCUUGUUCCGUCCACACGAAUCUAGGUCACGUAAUAAAUUGCGAUUUCAAAAAUGUGCAGAUCCGUGUGAACGAGAUCUAGACCCGCCAUUUUCGCACCACAAUUGAAGUCAAACAAACAUGACAUGCUAGCCUGUUCCAGGCUCCGAAAUAGCGGUGAAAAGUCGUUCAGAAAAAAAAGAUGCGAAAAACGCGCGGGGGCUGGGGAGAGACAGGGCGGCCCCUUUCCCAAGUCGUGCGCGUCUUAUUUUCGCUUUGCUCGUUUUAAUACGUUCCCACUAUACUAUCUGAGAGCCUGGCACAGGCUAAUGACAUGCAUGUCUCAUUGUAAUUUAAUAAACUACAAAAUGCUCGCUUGUCUGAUCUGUGGUCAUGAUGUAUGCCCAUCGUGUUGCAUACCGUCGCCCGGAGACCAGGAAUUAACCGAAACCGGCCUGAAACCAGGUUUUAGACAGGUUCACAACACUUACAUCUCGUGUAAUUGAUCUCAUGCAUCUCCAAGCUUGAAUUUCCGGGCUUGACGUUCCCCUCACAACACGAAAAUUCCCUCGGUAAUCCAUGCGUUCGUUGUAAGCGAAAAAGAGAUCAGAAGAGUGAAUAAACGCCAGGAAAAUUGAUCGAAUGCUUGCCAGCUUGGUUUUGAAUUCGCAACUGAGAAAUAGCCUAAAUUAUCUAAUGCAGCUUUAGAUCAUAACUGGCUAGGUUUCGUUGAUAAUGAUUGUUCCUUGUACGUGAAACUAACGAUAUCGAACUGAUCGCUAGCCAAUGAGUGAAAAUUCUACUGAAGUAAAAGAAAAUUAUUCAGAUCACCAAAGCAACCCUAACCUACAAUCAUUUAAUUAUUGGCUCGUUAACUACCCGUCCGCUGUAAUUCGGUUUAUUAUAUAAACACCAAUGAAAUACCAGGUGAGUUUUCGCGCGAAAACUUGAUAUCUUCACAUGUGAAAAUAACAUGUUAUCUUCACAUGUGAAAAUAUCACCGUUGCUAUGGCUUCAUAAUAAAUCGCGCCUUUCACACCAAAAAACUUUUAAAGUGAAAUGGUUUUGUAUUUCAUUGGUGUUUAUAUAAUAAAUAGAAUAAAAAUAUUUCAACACUCGAAGAGAAAUUUCGUAUCUCCGCGCCGGGCCAUGUAAUAUCCUCUAUAUCUCAAUCGCUUCAAAAAUAGAGAAUGAUAGUCAAGAGUAAAGUAAAAACGCAUGAAAAUACCGCAUAAACUUUUAACACUUGCCGGCCCUGAAACGCCGUCCACUCUCCUCUUUUUCCACUGCUACAGCGGCUCAACUAUGCACUCCCCCUUAAUUUUACUGGUAACUUGGUUUAUUUAACACAUCAUUUAACAUUUUUAAUUUUAGAUAGCGUUUAUCCAAAAAGAUGGCGGAUCCAGAGAAUCAAGGCGCUAACCCUGACAAGGCUCCAGAGAAGCAAAGUAGUGGUGGUGGUGGACAGAUUGGUUUUACCAUGGAGUACGUAACUUCAAUCCCUGGAAUAAUCAAAAUUGUUGAAUUUGUAAGUUCCCCUAUACCAAGAGAAAUUCCCCGUAAGCGUUUAUUUGCGAGCUAAGUCAGCUAAGCGUGAGUUUAACUAAGUACAAAUUAGUUUAACUAUCUAGUGGAACAGUUUUAAAAUAAAUUCAAAUACACCUCACUAACGUUGUCAAACAAAAAAAGCAAAAAAAAAAGAGGAAGAAGAAGAGAAAAAGAGACUGAAAGGAAAGAAAAGAGAAAGAUAAUAGAAAUGAUUUAGCCAUGUGAGCUGCAAACAAACAGUGCUCCCUUCCAAGGCAACCUAUCUAGCCCUUUGACGUUUAAACCCUUUGAGCUAUAAAAAACGUUGCAGGAAAACAGAAUUUGGUCUCCAAACAAUCGCAAGUUUGUUGGAUUUCUUUUCAUUUUAUUUUACCUUUUUUAAACAAACACAACUCCUGCCUCUCUUUCACUCUAAAGACACAGAUGUAAAAUCUGCUUUCGUUUUAUGAAAGCCGUUACCAAAGCACCCUCACCACAUUUGUAUUUCUUGAACUAUCUUUCGACGUAGCUUAUUUUUUGUUCUUAUCCUUUUAGUUCUUGUUGAUGAUAGCGUUUGCUUUGGCUGCCGACUUUAAAGGUUCAUUUUCCUGGGGGCGGAUGGAUUUUUUCCUCUUUGUCACCAUCACCUCGUGGCUUUUCGUUAUCGCCAUAUUUGUUCUAUUUGUCUUCAAUGUGAUUUCGGUGAUCAAUGUCAAUAUUGACUGGAACUUGCCGGUAAGAAUCUCAUAUCAUGGAAAAAAUUACAUCGUUGAAUACGGUGAUAUUAAACCCAUCUCCCAGCCCUUUGUUUGGUGUUAUCAUCUUAUUCAACUUUCCCACCUAUUGCAAACACCACGUGCUCACGGCACUUGGGACGGUUACAUAAUACAAAAAACCGCCGUGACGAAUUAUUGUAAUCCAUAUCCUUAGUAUUUUUCCUUCCCAGUUUUUAUGUUGUACGUCAUUUCCGCCUCUCCCUUUUAUUGCGACAUUCUCCAUUUAUAUAAUAUUGUGAUUGCUACAUAAGUUCAGUAACAUCUGUAAACCUGAAGAAGGCUGGUAUGGCCAGCCGAAAUAUUGUUAUAAAAAACAAUAUACGUUGUUUUAAAUCAGCUUUGCUUUGCGGUAGUCUUUGGACUUCUUGUUCUUGGUACAUUAUACAAACAGUAUGUUUCUGUAGCGACAUUUUGAGUCAUGCUCUGCAAUUUUUAAAUUUGUCACAAGAUCCCCCAUUAGCGCCAAAAGCUUUAAAAACUCAGUUUUCUCAUUACAUAUUCGAAAUAAGCAACAAAGUUAUAUUACUCGAAAUUACCAAAUUGUUAAGGCCAUUUACUGGACGAAAUGCUCGUAAAAAGUCCAGGCGUUCAGAUAGUGGAGUGGUCAGAGAGCGAGGAGGAAAAAAAAAGGAAGGAAAGACGCCACCCCUCUCUGUUUUUCCUGUUCAGAUCUUUUAGCGCCGUUCCCAAAAUCUGAACGCCUGCAACAGGCUGGUAAACAGAAGUAGCAUGCCACUGCUUUAUGCGCAUGCCCAAACUCAGGAAGGCAUAUUUUUUCGCUAGGAAUAAAAGGCAGCGUACUGUUCUUGAUGUUUUUGGUACACAUUUUGCCACUUAUGGUUAGCUACAAUUAUUGUAGUUCAUAUAGAAACCAAAACACAGUUCGUUAAACGCUGUAACAUUCUUGAAAUUGCAUUGUAGGUGAUGAUCUUCGCUGGUGUUGUGGCAGUGCUUCUUUUGAUCAGUUCAUCUCUGAUAGCAGAUGAUGCCAGGAGAGGGAACGACAUUUAUGGCGGUUUACGCCCAUAUGGUUAUUCAGUAGAUAAGCUGAGUGCAGCAGCGGUAUGUAGGAAAAUCAAACUACAGUGAAACCCUCUCCUUAGUGACACCUCUAUUCAGGGGACAAAAGAUUUGGUCCCGGUAAAAUCACAUCAUAAUCUUGUUGGAAUUCAACACACUGCGUCGCCGGGAUAAUUUGAUCGUAAUUUUUUAUACAUUAUCUAGCUGUUUGAAAUAAUGACUCAGCAGAUUCUAAGGCAGAAUAGAAGAAAAAUAUUUUAUUUGUUGGUUAAUAAUUAUCAAAUCCCUGUCCAACCUCUAUUCAGAGGACACCUAUAUUCAGGGGACACUUACCUUGGUCCCAAGGGUGUCCCCUGAAUAUAGGUUCCACUGCACAUGUUGACAUGUAACUGACUUUACGCAAAAGGGAAUGGGAGGAUGCAAAACAACGCCAACUUUAAAUUUUGUUACCUUGAAUGCUAAAAGCGAUACCGAGACAUGAAAACUUGGGGUUAAGGUAUUCACCAACACCCGCCUCUCCAGCGUCAUAAUGACGUCAAAUUACGUCAUUGACUCAGUGACGUUAUGCUAUGUUAGAUAUGAUGAGUACACGAUGGGUUUCCUGUGAGUGCAUUAUUCUAUGCAAUUGUGUUGGUCGUAUCAUUUGUGAGCGGAUUUGAAGUUAUACAAAGAUAAGAAGGAAACAGAAAAACGUCUGCUCUGAAUAGGGUUAAUUCGCAUUUAUAGCAACAAGCUGAAGUGGUACUAAUUCACUUAAAAAUAUCAUUUUCAGGCCAAGGUGGUCAUUUUGGCUAGAAAAUAAAGUUUGAUAGAAUUGAAAUUAUUUCAAACUUUUAAUUCUUAACACUUUGAGCGGAACGCCAUGUAAAGCUGAGCGUACUUAAGCUUUACAGUAUUGAGUUCGACUACUAGGCUCUAAGAAUUUUUCGAUGCAAGCUGGUUCAAAACGAUUAAAAAAAAAAUCAUGUAUACUGAAUUAUGGUCGCAACCACCAACUCUUGAGUUAAACGUUUAUGCUACGUUACGGGAAAUUGCUGAAAGUAAUUUUUGGCAUUCCAAGGUUUUAGCUAGUUUCUUAAAAAAUAAAGCCUUCCUUAAUUUUCCAGACUCCAAUAUUGUAGGGGCCUCUGUUAGUUCCUAUGGAGAAUGUUCGUACAGACACAUCAGCUCGAAAUAUUCUGUCUUUGACUAUAUUUCUAAUGUCUUAUUUUUCUCUCCUCUAAGGCCUUUGGAUUCUUCUCCAUGGUUGCAUUUAUCAUUGAUGCUGGUAUUCACUUCAUGAAAAUGCAAGGAAGGAUGUGAUCAAAUGUCACUCAUUCCAACUGUGGCUGCUAAAAUUGAUUGGUCAACUGUUAUGACAUAUUUGUUCCUAUUUAGGUAUUUCUAGUUCUUGUGGUAAAUGUGUGAUGAAAGGAGAACAGGCCUAGUGCAGAAAGAACAAUUAUGCGUCGGGAUUGUAAUUAACAUCAGUAAUCGAUCGGACGAGUACCAGUGUUUUGCCUGUGGUAUGGUCCUAGACGAAAGGGAGAAGCGAAAAGUUUAUUUUAAUUUUCAAACCGCGAGUUACUGAAGUGAACAUGUAACAGUGAUGUAACGAGGCAGCUACUGCUUACAUUCAAAUAAGGUUUGCUCGUGUGAAUUGUUUUCGAGCGUCGUCAAACGUUCAGCAAGUGGCACAAGUUAACUGAAGUUAAGUCGGCGGUCUGACAAAUACAAUAUUUGCCUCUCUUUGCAACGGUCGGACCGGCCCCUCUAAAACCGCAGACUAUUUUAGCGCCAGUCCCCGCCAGCUGUGUCCGUUUCACUUGAUUGUUUGGGCCUGAAAAGUAGGAGUCAUAACAUCGCGUACCAAUAGACCUUUUUAGCUUGUAUAUUUUGCAUUUCAAAUUAAGACCAGGUGAUGCUCUCCUGGGAAUUUGCCUUUUGUCUUUUCAUAAAUUAUGUAUACAUACAUAUUCACGUGGAUGCACGUGUAUAUGACGGCAUUUGAAAGAAACAGUUCUCUGGGGUAACAGAGAGCAAAAUAUACAGCAAGCUUUAAAGGUCUAUUGCGGAACCGGCGUGGUUAAAGAACUCCUAUUUUUUUCUUUUGUGAACUCUUCCAUUUUAACAAAUAAAAAAGUCAAACGGAUCUACAUUUAAUGAAAAAAAUGAAUUCUUGCUACUGGUCGCGAACCUUUCAAUUGAAAAAUUGUGAUGUUUGUCAGAAAGUGCUCGAAAACUCAUCAUAAUCGGUACACCCACUCGCAAAACAAAUUGUACUGAGUGAAAACCAUGGUAUGGCGCAAGCCUCGUUAAGACGUAACUUCGUUCCCAGGGUUCUCUCGCGUCACGAACGAGUAGGACACAAUCUUAGGAACGAGGUUGGUCAAACCACUGGAUUUAUUUAUUUUUUGUCACAAGCAACUUGUACUGCCAUUUUCUUAAUCCACUAUACUCAUCACAGGCUUUCUAUCGCACACCUAAAUAACGUGUAAAUGAACAAAGUCACUCUAAAAAUGGUUUAACUCCUAGUUUUUAUAAUUGUCAUAGCGUAGAAUAAUAGCCAGACAACGAAACUGAUGUAGUUAUUAUCUGAUGCAUAAUAAAAUAUACCUUGCUAGAAAAGGAACUGGCUAAGUCAUGUUAUUUUGAAACGAUUUGUAACUCGUAUGCUAUUUUGCAUUCAUAAGUUUUUUUUAGAGUGGUUUGCGGUGUGAAAUUUAUGCACUAGACGAUGCCGUAGUUGUUCGAUGUCCGGAUUCAAGUCUUCCUAAGGGGUGUUAAUGGCAACUCGACUGCUCAGAAAACUAAAAUAAUCCCAGUGUUUUUCAGUCAACAAAAUGACUUUCCAGACGUUGCAAAACCUUUCAUGUAAUUCCUACUUAGCCUGUGUACAGACGCCCUCCUCCCCUUAGAAAAAAUCGGGGAGAGAGUCUCUCUCCCCGAUUUUUUUUAGGGGAAGGAGCGUCUGUACACAGGCUGUUUUUACUAGGUUACUUGGGGGUGGGGAACCCCAUUCAAAAAAUUCGUGCAACGUACUAAGCCAUUAAUUGCAAAAACAAAUUCUUGAAAACCCUGUCCUGCCAUGUCCAGUAUUCCUCGAGGGGUUGAAAACUUGACCCUGUUUAUGAUAAAAGUAACCUGAAAUGCUUACCCUACGUAGGAAAAAGGCCCCUUAGAUGAUCUCGGGCAGUCCUUAGUCGUUUGUUUUUUCGAAGAUCGUCGCGACUUCAGCAACCUUCAGAAAAUCUUUGGAGCGGCGCUGACAGCGAUCACUUUACUUAAAAGGUCUGCAAAAUCGCGGCUGAAUUCCGGAUUCUUGGUUUUCCAGAUUACCCUGAAAUGACGCUAAAUAGUAAAAGUUUAUACGCUGUUUAAGUCUCAAGACAUACCUUGGGUAAAUAAGGGGAUGACAGCACCUGCUCCCCACCCCAGCGGCCUCCCUCCCACACCCGCCAACAUGAUCUCGACACCGAAAUAACGAUUAUCGUUAAGGUUAGGGUUAGGGUCAGGGUCCUCAAAAUGACGUCAUAUUGAAGCCAAAGAAGAAAUGACGAUAAUCGUCAUUUCGGUGUCGUGAUCAUGCAUGCUGCACCUGCCGCGCCCGGCGUUUCUUUUAGAGUCCGCCAACCAAGCGUAGCCUGAUUUUCAACCCUUAUGUUACUUCUAACUUUGAUCAAGAUUGGAGAUGAUUAAUUUUAAUCUUGACAGAGUGAUCGCUUGCGGGAACCAUAAAACAAGGAAAAGACCAGCCGAUAAUUCGCAAAAGUGGUCCCUGCAGUCACCCAAGUUUAGUUUGGAGAUCAAAGGGUUUUCAGAAUACAUGAGAAUAUUGGUCGUAACGAGAGCGUCAACUCGACCUCGUUUCCAGGGCUCUGUUCUUGGGUUAAUCCCUCCUGGGAACGAGGUUAAGCUUCAACUGACGAUCAUUUGUUGAUAUAACUGUUUGUCAGUGCUUUGUCUGUUAGAAGUGUUUAAGCAAAUUCUUCGUGGAAAAAAGACAGACAACAUUAGAAUUACAUACCUUCCUAUUUUACUUGGAAAUAAUAAAAGCUGCGUCACUGUUCGGACUCCGAACACUAAAAGCAGCUCGACAAUUUAGUAAAGCAACCGUCCUUAUUCAAGGGUUAGUGGUAAAUCGAAAAUAGCAGCAGCCUUCUGUAUUGUUUUCCCAGGUCCAUCAUUCUCAAUGGUUGCUACUUAAGAGUAUGUUUUCAUUUUUCUUUUUUGAUCAGACGUUAAUAAAGCGGACAUCGUCUAAAAGCUCAAUACAGCUUGAUUGAUCUCCUGCCUUGUAAUAAUGUUUUGGGUUACGUCUAUGAAUGAAUGCAUGGUAAUAACGGCACGUUACGUUUCAUGCAAUGCUUGCACUUGACGGAACUGAUUUCGCAGAAGUGGCAUGACUUCCGGUAAUCGGUCGAUGUUGAAGGUCCAAUCACGAAUAAUCGUGCUUUUAAUAUUAGAUUCAGAUGAGUUUGUUAUCUAUGCAAAGGCAACUGUAAAGGCUAUGAUCUAAUUAUGCAGUACCCAUACAACUUUUGCAAAAUAGCGUGAAAUAAUUCAAAGUACGAAAUUAUGGAGGCGGAGGGAUGUGUGAAUUAAUAAGUUCCGGUUUUUUUUUUCUGAGAAAAUACAACAAGUUGGAUCACGCCUGGUGCGUGACUUUUAGCAGCUCGAUCAGCAACGCCCACCCAAAAAACAUCCAUAUAUAAAUCCUGCUCGUUCGUUUUGCAUGUUACAAAGCUAAGGUGAUUCUCUUUUGGGAUAGGACAUCGAUAGCAAAAGCACUUCGAUAUAAUAGCCGCAAAGAUUAAGGUAAGCUAUUCUUAAGCUCUUAUUUGACAUACAAAUAUGUCAACUAAGAUAUCGAAAUGCAUAAUUUGUAAACAUGCAACACACUGUAUUGAUGUAAAUAAUUUUACUGCAACCGAUCUAUUGGGAAUAUAGAUUUGAAGAAUUGUCAUACUCGGCCAAUAUCGCGUACAUAUGUUCACGCUUUAAAUGUAGCUAUACAUGAGUGUUUCGUAAGUUGUACAAAUGUGUUGGAAACUGGAGUCAUCGUUACUGAACUUCUCGAGUUUCAGAAGAGAACAAAAUAUGCUUAAGGUGACGCCAUUUGGACCAUGUGAGCAAGUCGCGGACAACACAUAUAAGCGAGGAAAAUAACGCAAAGUAAACUUAAGACGUUAAUAUCAUAGGGCGAGGAGAAACGGAUGUUUUCGCAGGCUACAUAGGUGACGAAUUACUCCUUAAUUUUGGCGCAAAAUUUCAGCGUUAAUUUGUAAUUUCACAUGUGAAAUUACUAAAUUACCAUGGCAACCUGCCGUACGUCUCCGUUUCAAGAUGGCGUGGAAGUUUUAAAAUGUCAUGAAUGAAGAUGUCAGGGCAUAAAAAGACGCUUUAGAAAACCUGAACACACGAAAGAGUACAUCAAGAAGGAUUCUUAGAGGUAUGUUGUCGAAAAAUUCUGAAAACUUGAGCCAAAUUUUAGCUCUAAACGUUUGAGAGAGUGGAGUUCACGAUCAAUCGAUAGGAUCCAGAAUAAAAAAGUCAAAAAUCCUCGAUUGCUAACGUAAUUCGUCACCCAUGAUAUUAAUAGGUAAUCAAAUGGUAUACUCGUGAAAUUAGGGAAUAAUUUCACUUGCGUUUUGUCCAAAUCCUUAUAAAACACGCGUGAAAUUAUUCCCUAAUUUCACUCGUCACCAUUUGAUUACACAUACUAAUAAACGAACUAAAUGUACACGUCACUUAAGGGUCUCUUCAUAUGAGCCCGGUUGACUGGGCUGGCUCGGUUACCGGGAUGAAUUUUGCUUUGGGUUCAUAUGAGAAAUUUCAGCCCGGUUUCCGCAUGAUGAGAAAAGGUCAAAGAUGGGGUACGAGUUCUGGCGCCAAAUUUAGGAAACAAAGCAAACAUAGCGAAACACAAAAAUUUUAACUUUUGGGCCUAUCUUAGCAUCGGUAACUCUAAAAGCUGUAUCACUGCAGUUAAAUGGGAUGCUUAUGAUGUGGAAAAUACAGCAGGCAAUGCAAGACGAUGCCAUCCGGACCGCCAGAAUUCAUCCCGCCGUUCAUCCCGGUAACCGGGAUGAAGUGUUCAUAUGGCAAAAUUUCCAGCCCGCUUACCGAGAUCUCGGUUGGAAAAACCGAGAUCUCGGAAACCGAGCCAGCCCGCCCUCUCAUGUGAACACAUCGAAAAUUUUACAAAGGAUUUAGAGGUGAGGCGAGAUCUCGGAAACCGGGCCAGCCCGGUCAACCAGGCUCAUAUGAAGAGACCCUAAGUAAAUAAACAAAUAAAGCGCGCGCUCAAAAUAAAAUUGUACGCGCACACGUACCGAGAAACAACUGAAAUACAACACUAAGCAACAAAUACGUAAUGUAAGGAUACGAUGGUGCAAUUCAAGCGUGGAUUGCUAAUCUCAUCUCCCGCACGGCUGCACCAUACUUCUCGACAAUAAGACCAUGGCGACUGAAGAAUUUAUGAAAUGAUUUCUGAAGUAGAUUGGUUAAUAAUAAUUGAUAACUAUCGAUAAAAUCGAUUGAUUACAUUGAAAAUCGAAAGAGGAAAAUGUUGUUGCCAAUCGAUAAUUAUCACCUUUAAUUGAUUUUGAUCGAAAUCAUCGAUUUGAUGGGCUCCUGUCUGCGCUUAAAUUUCCAUGUGUUUUAGCGAUUAACUUUGACAAAGAACGUUGUUUCUGGAACAUAAGUACAUUAUUUCAAUGGCUUUGAACGGAUAAAAAUGCAGCGAAAUUUAAGUUAACAAAUUACACUCAAUACUACGACUGUAAAUCGCGUUAAAUGUCGAUUUAUACUUCUGCCGCAUCUCAGUUUGGGGGGAAACAGAGAAGAAGAGGAGGCUAAUUCCCCGGGGGGACUCCCAUCUAAAAGUGACGGGGAUGCUCGUCGUCUCGCUUAGGGCUGUAAAUUGCAGAUUUUGGUCUCAGUUAGGGUGUUUGGGACAGGAAGUCACUAUAUUUGCCAAUUCAGGUAUCACUUAGGGCUCUGCGUAAAGUAAUUUACAAAAAAUGUCUUUACACUGACGACACAGAAAUCUCCUUUAGGGCGGAUCAGGUUAAGCUUGAGCCAUGCCCAAAUUGGUCUCCCUCCGACGGGGGUUUAAUUUUAAUUUUCCGACGAGCAUCCCCGUCACUUUCAUAUCGGAGUCCCACCGGGGUUAAUUCCGCACAAUUUCAAUUGAAACUCAAUUUCAGUUUGAAACUCGACUUGGCCGUCAAAGAAAGCAAAGAGUGUUCAGUGGCUAUUUAAUUACAUAAAGCCGAUUAGCGAAACAAGGCUAAGAAGUAUAUUUCGAAUUCAAAGUAAACGGAAGAGCAAAUAAAAACGCAUGAUAACGUCAAUCGCUAGCUGUUCGCAAGUUUUUCGAUUGCCUCUUUACUGACCUUCUCGCACCGGUUCUUCACUUUUUACCUCCUAAGGCUUUGAAGGUGGAGUUAUGGUAAGUCUCACACGGGUUAAAGAAAUUCGAAAGUAAAAACAAUUUAUUGCAGUGGGAUUUCCUUAACUUUCGCGGACUUAACAGACGUUCUUGGAGCUUCGUCAAGCGUUCCUCCCCCACAAAUGCGUGACGACUUGCACGUCUGCGUGGUAGGCUACCUGCAGCUGCGAUAAACAAGUUGCAAAACGGUUUUCGGUUCUGUCUCAUUACGGAUAAUCACGGUAUAUUAAUUGCUUUCGUCUGAAACUACGUAAAAAUGUAAAGAUAUUACUGUUAUUCCAGCUUUUAAGGAAGAGGUUUAUCUCAUAAGCUUCGAGAAUAUCGAAGGUUCAGUUAUCAAACUCAAUAUCUCGAACCUCAUACUCGAUUACUUUCGACUGGGCUUGAUCGCUGAUUCACUGAGGCACCAAUUUGUGGACUAAGUCAAGUUUAUUUGUACAAUUAUCUGCCUUGACCGUUUAGAGAGCGAACACGAUUAACAAAUUAUCCGUUCUUUUUACAUUCUAGAUGGAAAGUGAAAAACCAGUCAGGAAUCCGCUAACUGAAACCGCAUUGUUCCGUCCACACAAAUCUAGGUCACGUGACAAAUGUUGUGAGAUUUCCAAAUGCCCAGAUUCAUGUGAACUAGACCCGCCAUUUUCGCAUCAAAAUCGAUCAAGUCAAAUAAAUAUGACAUGCCUCAUCGCUAAAAGACUUGCAUGCUUGUCUGGCGUGGUGAUGGUCUAUCUAUACCCAUCGUGUUGCAGACCGUCGGCUGGAGACCAGGAAACCGAAGCCGGCCUGAAACCAGGUUUUAGACAGGUUCAGAGCACGUACAUCUCGUGUAAUUGAUCUCAUUUGAAUCUCCAAGCUUGAAGUUCUCCUGAACCCGUUGUGGGGGAAAAAGAGAUCAGAAGCGCGGAAAAAGGCCGGGAAAAUUGAUCGAAUGCUUACCAGGUUGGUUUUGAAUUUGCAAGAAAUAGCAUAUAUCUAUGCUGUAGAUCUUAACUGGCCAGGUCUCGUUUAAUAUAUAUUGUUCCUUUUACGUGAAACUAACGAUAUCGAACUGAGCCAAUGAAUGAAAAUUCUACUGAAACAAAAGAAAAUUAUUCAGAUCACCAAAGAAACCGUAACCUACAAUCAGUUCCGUAUUCGCUUGUUAAUUACCCGUCGGCUGUAAUUCAGUAUCUUUCUCAGUAAAUUGUAGAAAGCAUGAAAAUACCACACAAAUUUUUAACACUUGCCGGCCCUGAAACCCUGUCCCCUCUUCUCUUUUUGCACUGCCAUGAUAGCGGCUUAGCUAUGAAAAGAACUCUCCCUUAAGUUUACUGGUAACUUGGCUUAUUUAACACAUCAUUUAACAUUUUUUAUGUUAGAUAGCCUUUAUCCAAAAAGAUGGCGGAUCCAGAGAAUCAAGGCGCUAACCCUGACAAGGCUCCAGAGAAACAAAGUAGUGGUGGUGGUGAACAGAUUGGUUUUAUCAUGGAGUACAUAACUUCAAUCCCUGGAAUAAUCAAAAUUGUUCAAUUUGUAAGUUUCUUCUUGAUAGUAUAUUAUACAUCCCCCAUACCAAGAGAAAUGCCCAUACUGAUGAGGCUGAUGUAAACAGCCAAGCAAUUAAGCGUUUCUUUGCGAGCUAAGUCAGAGCUAAGCGCGAGUUUAACUGAGUACAAAAUUUAUUAGUUUAACUAGCUAGUGGAACAGUGUUGAAAUAAGAUAAAAUACACCCCACGAUGUCAAACAAAAAAGUCAAAAAGAAAAGACAGAGAGAGACUGAGAGGAAAGAAAAGAAGAAGAAAAAUGUUGUUAGCUGCAAGCAAAAAGUGCUCCCUUCCAUACCUGUCUAUUCAUAAAUUGUUUGGAUUUUAUUUUAUUUUAUUUUAUUAUUUAAUAUUUUUUUCACCAAAACAAACUCAACUCCUGCCUCUCUUUCACUCUAAAACCAGGUAACCAAAGACAAAGGUAAAAUGGGCUAAUCGUUUUAUAUAAGUCGUUACCAAAGCAACCUCACCACAUUUGUAUUUCUUGAACUAUCUUUCGACGUAAUUUUUUUUCUUAUCCUUUUAGUUCUUGUUGAUGAUAGCGUUUGGCUUGGCUGCCGGCUCUAAAGGUUCAUUUUCCUGGGGGAGGAUGGACUUUUUUCUCUUUGUCACCAUCACCUCGUGGGUCUUGGUUAUCGCCAUAUUUGUUCUAUUUGCCUUCAACGUGAUUUCGAUGAUCAAUGUCAAUAUUGACUGGAAAUUGCCGGUAAGAGUCUCAUGAAAAUAAUUACAUCGUCGAAUACGGUGAUAACCCAUCUCCCAGCUUGUUUGGUGUUAUCAUCUUAGUCAACUUUCCCACCAACUGGAAACACACACCUGCUCACGGCACUUGGGACGAUAAUAGUACUAAGUUUCUGUAGCGACAUUUUGAGUGGUCCACUGUAACUUUAAAUUCGUCACAAGAUCCCCCAUUGGUGCCAAAAGUUUAAAAGACUUUUCUCAUUACAUAUUCGAUACAAGCAACAAGUUAUAUUGCUCGAAAUUACCAAAUUGUUAAGGCCAUUUACAGUUACCUCGAGGAAGUGCCCGUAAAAAGUCCCGCAGGCGUUCAGAUAGUCGAGUGCCGCGUGAAGUCAGAGAGCGAGGGUUAAAAAAGGAAGGAAAGACGUCACACCCUCGCUGUUUUUGCUGCUCACAUCUUUUUGCGACGUCCCCACGAUCUGAACGCCUGCCACAGGCUGGUAAACAGAAUUAGCAUGCCACUGCUUUCUGCGCAUGCCCAAACUCAGGAAGGCAUAUUUUUACGCCAGGAAUAAAAGGCAGCGUACUGUUGUUCGCGAUGAUUUGGGUAUUCAGUUUGCCAUUUUUGGAUACCUAGUCUACCUAGUUCCCGUAGAAACCAAAACACAGCUCGUUAAACGCUGUUACAUUCUUGAAAUUGCAUUGUAGGUGAUGAUCUUCGAUGCUGUUGUGGCAGUGCUUCUUUUGAUCAGUUCAUCUCUGAUAGCUGAUGAUGCCAGGAAAUGGAACUACAUUUAUGGCGGUUUACGCCCAUAUGGUUUUUCAGUAGAUAAGCUGAGUGCAGCAGCGGUAUGUAGGAAAAUCAAACUACAGUGCGAAACCUUUCCUUUAUUGUGACACCUCUAUUAAAUGGACACCUCUAUUUAGGGGACCCAAAAUUUGGGCCCGGUAAAAUGUUCACUUAAUCUUUGUAUUUGUUAAGUCUAUUGAAGGGACGUACACCUCUAUUCAGGAGAAAGGGACUUUUUUACUGGGUCCCGAAACCUGGGUUUAACUUUCAUUGAGCGCAGCGGGUUCCUUAGCACUCAAAAAGUUAUUAUUGACCACAACUGAAAUCAUUGACAAGUUUAAGUAUACACGAGUCGGCAUAAUGCAAUGGCGAUAGCUUUCAAAGCAUGCACUAUCUCACUUAAAUGGAUGUAUUGCACUUGUUGGAAUUCAACACACACUGCCUCGCCGAGAUAAAUUAAUCAGGAUUUUUUAUACAUGAUCUAGCUGUUUGAAAUAAUGACUGCAGCAGAUGCUGAGGUAGAAUAGAAGAAAAAUAUUUAAUUUGUUGGUUAAUUAUUAACAAACCCCAGCCCAACCUCCAUUCAGGGGACACCUCUGUUCAGGGGACACUUACCUUGGUCCGGUGGUUGUCCCCUGAAUAAAGGUUACACUGAACAUUUUGACUUGUCAGGCUGGCUUUACGCAAAAGGGAAUGGGAGAAUGCAAAACACUAUCACCAACCUUAAAUUUUGGUACCUUGAAUGUUAAAACCGAUACCUAGACAUGCAAACUUGGGGAUAGGGUCUUUACAAAUCCCCGCCUCUCCAGCGUCAUAAUGACGUCAAAUUACGUCAUUGAGUCAAUCACGUUAUGCCAAGAUGUUAGAUAUGAUGAGUAAACUAUGGGUUCCUGUGUGAGUACAUUAUUCUAUGCAAUUGUGGUGGUUGUAUCAUUUGAGCGGUUUUGAAGUUAUACAAAGGAAGGAAGGAUGCAGAAAAACGUCCGCUCAAAAUAGGGUUAAUUCGCAUUUAGCAACAAGCUGAAGUAGUUUUUAUACUUAAAAAUAUCAUUUUAAGGCCAAGGUGGUCAUUUUGGCUAGCAAAUACAGUUUGAGAAAAUUUAAUUUUUUCAAACUUUUAAUUCUUUCAAUUCUUUUCUUAAUUCAAAGUGUUAAAACACUUUGAGCGGAACGCCAUACAAACUGAAAGCUGAGCGUUUUUUAGGGGUUGAGUCCGACUACUAGGCUCCAUGAAAUUUCCGAUGCAAGGGUUCAAAACGAUAAAAAAUAAAUUAUAUAUACUGAAUUAAGGUCGCAACCACAAACUCUUGAGUUAAACGUUUAUGCUACGCAACGGGAAAUUGCUGAAGAAGUGAUUUUUGUGCCUCCAAGGCAUGUUCCAGUUUUUUAAGCCUUCCUUAAUUUUCGAUCCAGACUCCAAUAUUGUAGGGGCCUCUGUCUGUUCCUAUGGAGAAUGUUCGUACAUCAGUUCGAAAUUUUCUGUCUUAGACUAAUAUAUCUUAUUUUUCUCUCCUCUAAGGCCUUUGGAUUCUUCUCUAUGGUUGCAUUCAUCAUUGAUGCUGUCAUUCACUUCAUGAAAAUGCAAGGAAAGAUGUGAUCAAAUGUCACUCAACUUUGGCUCCUAAAAUUGUAAUAUAGUGUCAGGAUUGUAUUUAACUUCAGUGAUCGAUCAGACGAGUACUAGUGUUUUGCCUGUGGUAUGGUCCUAGACGAAAGGGUGAAGCGAAAAGUUUAUUUUGAUUUUCAUACCGCGAGUUAAGUGAACAUGUAACAGUGAUGUAACGAGGCACCCACUGCUUACAUUCAAAUAAGGUUUGCUCGUGUGAAUUGUUUUCGAGCGUCGUCAGACGUUCAGCAAGUGGCACAAGUUAACUGAAGUUAAGUCGGCGGUCAAAUACAGUAUUUUCCUCUCUUUGCAAUUGUCGGACCGGCCUCUCUAAAACUGCCGACCGUUUUAGCGUCAGUCCCAGCCAGCUGUGUCCGUUUCACUUGAUUGUUUCGGCCUGAAAAGUAGGAGUCAUAACAUCGCGUACCAAUAGAUCUUUUCAGCUUGUAUGUUUUACAUUUCAAAUUAAGACCAGGUGAUGUUCUCCAGGGAAUUUGUCUUUAGUCAUUUCAUAAAUUAUGUAGACAUACAUAUUCAAGUGGAUGCACGUGUAUAUCAGGACAUUUGAAAGAAAUAGUUCUCUUGGGUAACAGAACAGAAAGCAAAAUAUAUGUUGUGGUUCAAUUUUAUCCUUGAUUUAAAUUUUAUUUUCCUUUGUUUCAAACUCAUUAUCAUACAUUAUCAUACAUUACCAUACCCAAAAACAAAGGGAAAUAAAAUUUAAACCAAGAAUAAAAUUGAACCACAACAUAUACAACAUGCAAGCUUUAAAGGUCUAUUGCGGAACUGGCUUGAUUAAAGAACUGCUAUUGUUUUCUUUAGUGAACUCUUCCAUUUUUUAAACAACUAAGAAAGUCAAACGGAUCUACAUUUAAUGAAAAAAAUGAAUUCUUGCUACUGAUCGCAAACUUUUCAAUUGAAAAAUUGGGAUGUUUGUCAGAAUGUGGACGAAAACUCAUCAUAAUCCGCACACCCACUCACAAAUCAAAUUGUACUGAGAGAUCCUGAGAGAAAACCAUCGCCGGGCCCAAGCCUCAUUAAGUAAUGGUCCAGAUAAGAAGGAAAGGACCAAAACGCAGUGAACACGUCGGAAUGCAAAAAGGUGCUAACUUUACUAUUGUCUCUACUAAGGUUCUGAUUGGGUUAAACAUCAAAUUUUACGAAAUCUUCGCAACGCAGCAUGUAUAUUAAUCCCUUUUUUUCUAUCCAACUUCCUUAUAACAAAAUCUCGUCUGAGUCUAAGUAACACAGAAAUCGUAUGUGCGGAUCAAGUAAAAUUGUGAACAUUUCUUGGCCAUUGUUUGUAACUCUUGUGAUUGGUCGAAAUGUUUUAACACAAAAAUACACCCUUUAAAAGUGGAGUUUAAAUACAUUUUCUUUCGUAAACAGCCUUUUUGUAGAUUUAUGCAUUCUCUGCGUAAAAAUGAAAACAUUUCUAUGUGAGGAAAGCGUAUUGCGCCACAACAAAAGAAAUUGCUUCCCUUCUUACCUGGAUCAUUACUUAAAACUCAACCUCGUUCCCAGGGUUCUCUCCCGUCACGAACGAGUAGGACACAAUCCUGGGAACGAGGCUGGUCAAACCAUUCGAUUUUUUUUUUCGUCACGAGCAACCUGUACUGCUAUUUUCUUAAUCCACUAUACUCAUCAUACUCUGUCUUUCUGUAAAUGAACAAACUCAUUCUAAAAAAAGGUUUAACUUCUAGUUUUUAUAAUUGUCAGUGCGUAGAAUAAUAGCCAGACAACGAUACUGAUGUAGUUAUUAUCUGAUGCGUAAUAUAGUAUACCUUGAGAAUCUUUAAACUUGGUUUGACUCACGCCCAGUUUGCUAAAAGAGGAACCAAGUCAUGCUAUUUUGAAAAGAUUUGUAACUUGUCGUGCUAUUUUGCCUUUAUAAGUUUUUUUAGAGUGACCGUGCGGUGUGAAAUAUUUG